UCUCUCUCUCUCUGUGUGUCUCUGUCUCUCUCUCUGUGUCGGAAUCAGAUCGUCUCUAUCAUCCUGACGCUGACAUGUCGACCCCAGAGGCAGCAGGUGCUCCAGGAGCCCCAGGGGCCCCGGAGGGCGAAGGGGGCCUUCCAGCUUCGGCUCCAAACGUCACCAGCAACAGACGACUGCAGCAGUCACAGGCGCAGGUGGACGAGGUGGUGGACAUCAUGCGUGUGAAUGUGGACAAAGUCCUGCAGCGAGACCAGAUGCUGUCGGAGCUGGACGACCGGGCUGACGCCUUGCAGGCCGGAGCCUCGCAGUUCGAGAGCAGCGCUGCCAAACUCAAGAACAAGUACUGGUGGAAAAACUGCAAGAUGAUGAUCAUCAUGGCUGUGAUAGGUGUCAUAUGUGUUGGAGUCAUCUUCUUGUACUUCUUCUACUGAGCUGGCCUUCAGGGAUCGACACACAGGUUGCAGGACGAGUGUGGACCGACUCCAGCCUCUCCCCAGCGCUCCUCACCCUCCUCUUCCUCACUGAUACCUUCGUCUGUGCAUGGUCUGUAUCGUGCUCCAGUGCCUCCUUUUCCCUCCGCUCCCAGCAGAAGGUGUCUCUCCAGGCAGGUUUGACUGAGCGGAGCUGCAGGUGGAUGCAGUGUUUUUGUUUUAUUUAGCUGUGAGCGACAGACGGUGGGUUUCUGCAUCUGGACUGUUAAUUUGUCACGGUUCAUUUACGAACUGACUUAUUGUUCUUCCUGACGCUUGUAAAACAUGUCACCCUCCAUGUAGUCGAGCGAUUUACCACAAUCACAAUCUGUUUUAGGAAAACCAGUAUGUUAUCCACUGACCCAGGUUUGUUCAUCAAGUACAGUGCACACUGCUCAGUUCACACAACCUGCAGCAUGACUGAUCAUCUCUAUUAUUCCUAUAUAUGUGCAGUGCCAGAGGAAGAUGCAAACUGGGACCUGUAUUAGCUUCUACUGGCUUCCUUCAAGUGCAUCCAACAAGGUUUCAGUUGCCAGUUUUCGCUCCUACACAGACAAACUACAGUACAUGUUAGAGACCUGAAAUCUGAGCAGCAGGUGACUGCUGAGCCGGUGGGACCAGUCUGCUGCUCUGCUUUCUGCCAUUUCUUUCAUGAGGUCACACCAAGUUUAGCCUGCAGACCAGUAGCCUGCACACAAUGAGGUGCAAACAAUGUGAGGCAAUCACAAGUGUCAACAACCGUGAUGUACAAAGAACUUUAAAAAGGUUUAGUAAUCCUAAAGUUUGAAGAAUCAAAGCUGGGUGAAUGGAUUCCUGCUUUGCGUUUCCCUCCCCACACCUGCUCGGGCUGUACCGUACUUGAAAGCUGCCCUCUUGCUGUCAAAACUGGAACUACUGCCAAGGUAGAAAUGUGAGCUUCUGUUUAAACACAACAGGAGAGAUUUACAUUUGUUUCCGUUUGUCUGUGCACCCCCUUUGAGAUGUGGUAACAGUUAUGAUGCAUCAUCAGUCCUGGUUUUACUUUUGUCUUGUGAACCAACCUGACAUGUCUGUGUCCUAAACCUGUGGACUGCCUGAAGCAUUUCUGAGGCAUGUUCUCUGAGUGUUGGUGUGUGUUCGUCACCACGAGACUGUACUUAAUACAUGACUAAUUAUUACUGAACCUGAGAGAAGAAAUUAGUAGACCAUCUGAGGGUUGUCCCCACUGUGCUCAGUGGGAAUCAGGAUCAGUGAAACAUCACAUUAUGUUAACAAGCACUAUUAUUCUGAUUAUGGCCUGAGAUUUGUAAACUGUCUGCAACAGACAGAGUGUUUGUGCUGAUUUACGCUGCGUUGAUUUGAUUCUGCUGUCAUAAAAUAAAAACACUCCUCUAAAACUCUUGUUAGUUUACUGACAUGCAACACGAUUAAAUCAUACAGUCAACUUCAGAAAUCAAUCCUGAAAUUAAUAAGUGGGGCUCUGCCUUCACAGUACUGUUGGCAAU